AUGAGUGUUGUUCCAUAUGCAUAUGAAUGUUAUAAGUCUAGCGUACUUCAAUAUAAAGAAUAUACUCUCAGAAUUACUGAUAAUGCUUUAGUCAUACAUAAAGAAGGUGCUGAUGAAGACAUUACCAUCGGUCCUGGUAUAUUACCUAUCGAGCAACCAGAUGGUACAAUUGUUGAAACAGACUUAAAUCAAUACCUUCAAGCGUUACAGAAUCGUGUGACAAAAGUAGAGAAUAAUUACUUAGAUGCUCCAUUCUUCACAACUGAUAGAGAUUAUAUGUUUUCAUGUAUGGCGAGUAAUGGUUUGCAAGAAACUCGUGAGGUAAAUAUUAAUGAAGCAUUAGAGACUAUAAUAUAUCAUGUUAAACGGUUAUUAUCGAUUGACCAUGGAGUUCAUUUUGACCCAAGGUCUACACUGUUCAAUAUACCAAUGAUUGAAAACAGUCAAUUAACAUUUAAAGAAGAUACAUUGUAUAAUGCUUUAAACGCAGCAUUUGCUUAUAUAUUAGGUCAUGAACAAGUACAAAAUAGUGGUAUUGCAAUAUACUUAGAUAAAGUUAUGUUAAAGAAACCAUUGACAUUCACAGAAGAUGGUCCAAAAGCAACUGGUAUUGUUGGUGAUGGAACAUUAUUGACGAAAGAAUACUUAGCAAGUCAUGUCGGAGAAUUUUUCUCCACUAAUGAUAGCAUCAGUACAACACCAGAAGUUAUUUUAUUGAAGAAACCAAUCACAUUUGAUGUUAAAGGAAAGACAAAAGCAACUGGUAUAGCUGGCGAUGGAGUUCUUCUGACUAAGGAAUACUUGAAGAAAAAUAUCAAUGACUUCGUUGAAAUUGUCAAAGAUAAAGAAUCUGGUCUUAAGUUCAACCCUUUAUCAUUCAUCUUUGCCAUAGCAAACGCCGGUGCUACUGCAGCCUCAUGGAUAUCACUCCAGAGUCAAAUAAAUGCUCUUUGGGCUUUUGUUGAAAGUCAAGAAGGUAUAGAUACUGUUCUUGACACUCUGGGUAAUCUUGGUCCAAAUCAUAAAGGAGGUUUUGUGGAUGGAAUAAAAAAUUUAGUUGAAAAGACUAAAACAAGUUUCCAGAAGAUAACUCAUAUAGAAAGAUUCAGAAAUGAAGGUUAUAUGGAACUUGAGAGUUUUGAUGUGACUGGACCUUUGGAACCAAUUCUAAUGGCACGUGAUGCUAAUGAUAAAGAAGAGAAAGAUCCUGGACCAAAAACAAUCAUUUCUACGUUAAGUACUUUGUACCCUGAUUUUGUGACCUUAGUGAAAGUUGCUAAUACAUCAAGAAAGAACAAUAAUAUUAAUAUGUCUGGUACUGAUGACCUUACUGAUUAUCUUUAUCUCAUUCUUGCUGAAUUAGCGAAGAAAGUUGAGGAGAACAAAAAUAAUGGAGGAAGAACUGCACUUAAGAUUGCAGACAAAGCUGACAAAAGUUAUGUUGACGAAGAGAUACGUAAAGUUGCAUCUAAAGAAUAUACUUUAUCACAGUCUGUCAUACUUAAGACAAUCAAAGGUCCAGAGAAAGAUAUGUACCCAGGUGAUGGUACAACAGUUAAAGUUAAUGAAAGAGUUUCAUUCCCAUCUGGUAUUGAUACAAAAGAAGUAUAUAUUAAUGGUGAAAACAUCAAUACAACAUUGAUUCCUUUGAAAAAUAAUGAGUUCACUGAACCUUUGACAGUUAAAUCAAUUCGUUCAAGAGAAGACAAACCUGUUAUAAUCAAUAAAAUAGGAGCUGAUAAUGACCAACCAGUUCAAAUCAAGAAAAUAAGAGCUGAUGACAUUAUCUUGAACUAUACUUUAGGCUCAAGUGCUCCACAAGAAGAUCCAAGCACUAGCGUAAAAGAUACACUUAACAGUUUAGAUAGUAAAUGUACGAACAUUGAAGGUCAUGCCAGAAACUUUGAAACACAUGAACUACCAGCAAUGUUAGAUAAGAAAGCUGACAAAACUUAUGUGGAUGCAGAACUAACAAAGAAAUUUUGGAAACCAGAUAAAAUGACAUUUACAACAGAAAUUAUAAAUGGUGAAC